CCUCCCCCAGAUUACAGUGCUGGCGCGUCCAAGAUCCAUUUUUUUUCUCUGAAUUCUGUUGAAUUCUCCUGCAAAUCUUUUACCAUCAUAAAGUUCUUCGAUACUCGAGCACAAUAUUAAGCAAGCAACCCGUACUAUAACCGUCUAUCCUUAUCUUGAUUAUCAUCCACGCGCGCAAGUGGAGUAGACAGACCGUUCCAUACUUUCCCUGUCCCACCCGCGCAUAUUCCCUCCCUUCGCAUCCGCCUGCGUCCCUGGCAAACGGCUCCCUUUUCCGCAUCCUGCCUAUUUAUUUAUCUCGCAUUUCCUGAUAUUAAUCUUCUUUGACAGAGAAAAUCAUAACUUCAGUUGAUAACAUAUUGAAAGUCAGAAUAUGCGAUAAGUCCAAAUCAUGCAGCAAUUCAAGACCUGGAGGCGUGCGUCCAUGCGACAACAACAACAACCACCACCAAGCCAUGACCCAGUACUGACGGCCGAGGACGAAGCCUUUCUACGCGGGAUCAUGACAGACCCUGCGAGCUCCAGCCAGGAAUCCGCCGCACAAGCUACCGAACUGAAUCGCCAGAUAUCGCCCGUCUCGCCGGUGGGGACAGAGGUCCAAGAGCCGCCCUCGGCGCAGUCGCCGGUGUCACCGGUGGAGGAAUACGGGAGAGAACUGGGGGAAGAAGAACGCAAGGCACGAGAGGCUACUGCUGCUGCUGCUGCUUCUACAGACCGGAAUGGGAGCACGGCUGGUGUGAAUGCGCCGGAGGCAGCAGCCAAGGUGGAGAGUUCCUCGCCGCCGCAAAGGAAGGGCCCGUGGGGUUGGCUGCGGCGACGGAGCACGGUCAUGAAGAAGGAAACCGGAACUACGAAUGAGGCGCCUACCAAAGCAGAUAACAAGCCCAGCGAGGCCCAGCAGGCCGCCGAGACGGACAAGGAUGAAAUCGACCAGGAGAAGGAGGAUAUGACGGAGAUUCUGGAGAGGCUGAACCUGGCAGCAGAGAACAAUCGGGUGUUUUCGAUGAGCAAUGAAACGCGGGAGUUGUUGCGCAAGUUCACCCUGAUCUUCAAGGACCUCGUCAACGGCGUGCCCACCGCCUACCAUGACCUCGAGAUGCUGCUCACCAACGGGAACAAGCAGCUGCAGAGCACGUACUCGCAGCUGCCCGGGUUCAUCCAGAAGCUAAUCCAGAAAUUGCCCGAGAAGUGGACGGAGACUCUGGCGCCGGAGGUGCUCGCGGCGGCCACCGCCAAAGCCAGUCAGAGCGGCCUCAACGUCGAGAACGUGGGCAAAGCAGCCGCCGCAGCCAACAAGAUGGGCAUCAAGGUGCCUACCUUGAAGGAGCUGGUGGGGAAACCGGCCGCGCUGGUUGGAAUGCUACGCUCGAUCGUGGCAUUCCUCCGAGCUCGAUUCCCGGCCGUGCUGGGGCUUAAUAUGUUAUGGUCGUUGGCUUUGACUAUCCUCCUGUUUGUUCUUUGGUAUUGCCACAAGCGCGGCCGUGAGGUCCGGCUGGAGAACGAGCGUAUAGUCACCGAAGAAGAGAUUGGGAAGUUGAAUGACGAAACCUCCACUGAGCAAGACAGGAUCCGGGCCACGGAGACCUUGACCACUACAGCGCCGCAGGGAGCAUCUGCCACGGAAAUCCGACAGGGGAUUGAAGAGGCACAACAUGCACGGCAUACAGCAGCAGCAGCCGCAGCCGCAGCCGCCAACCCCGCUGCAGUCGAUCGUCAGAAGAGUCAAGAGAACGAGAACCCCGAGGAGUCGUCAACCUCGAAACCUAAACGGAGCAAGUCCCGGCUUUCGAUUUGGACCAGGUCCGAACCGAAACCGACCACCCCAAAGAUAGAACCAUAUCCUGGCACCUAAAUUGGAUGAUGAUCUGAGGAGAGAUGGCUGAUAGUCACGCAAGAGGGAGAAUUUGUUACGAAUAUUUGUUUGAUACCAUCACGUCUUGUGUACUUGUUUGGAGUUUCAGGUUCCCUUCUUAACGAUGAGUCAAUACACAAAUCCACUCAUAUGUUGGCCACCUGGCCUUUUCCCUUUUCCUAAAGUCCCAAAAAAAGACGAGAUGGAUCCGCGGUUGCGCAACGGAGCGGGCAGAAA